ACUUCCGUCUUUGCUUUACUUUAUUAUUUCGGCAUUAUUGAGUGUUGUGAAACCUAACAUUAUUUACAGCCCCGUAAUUUAAAUAACGUUAGUUGGUAUCUUGAAUACCUUGAUGUUUGUCUUUUGCAUAAAAUGUGAUGAAUGCUCAAAUUAGAUAUGUCAUUAUUAUCCGUUUGUCGUGACAGCUGGCAAUUUGCCUGUCUUGUUUGUUGAAUGGAGUAAAUGUACGUUAUAUAUUAAUUCAUACGUUUUCUUUUUAGUGGUCUGGUAUAAGUAGAUGAACUCCUAAAUUAGACAUGUAGCGUUACGUGGCUUGACAAUGAUUUCUUCUGCGUCGUUGCGCAACAGCUUGUCGUCCUAUAUUUUUCGUGAACUAACGUUACCGUGACGAGGUACGUCAUAUCCGCUCUUAGCACGGAAACCCGGAAGUGCCCGUUUACGAGCUUGUUGGUGUAGAAAGAUAAUCGACAAACGUGUCUUUUGUAAAGCGUUUUCAUGUAGUUUCUCUGCAGAUAUGCCGCGGUACUGCGCUGUGAAAGUUUGCAGAAACCGCGGGGGAACUUCAUGUAGACAAGACAACAAAAGAAUUAGCUUCUACCCGUUCCCUUUGCAAGACAAGCCCAGGCUUCAGAAAUGGGUGGACAACAUGAAGCGGGAGGAGUGGACACCGAGUCGACAUCAGUACCUGUGCAGCGAACAUUUUACAGAGGACUGCUUCGAUGUUCGAUGGGGCAUCCGCUACCUGAAGAACACGGCCAUCCCCACCAUGUUUCUCUGCGCAGAAGAUGUAUGCAACAGCCGUACAGAUGCUGAGGAAAAAGUUACAUGCAUUAAAAGAAGCCCCACGGCCAAACCCUUGACCUUUGACAUUGACUCUCCUCUCGGCAAGAUGCCGCUCGUUUUCAGCGGAUCAUGUAAAAAUGUCCAGCCCUGCACAACGAACAGCAUUGCUGCUGACGCUGCAGAGACGGCAUUUGAACUGCCCCCGGUGUCUGGCCACUGCGGCCAGUCAGAUCUUUCAGAGAUGCGGACUGCUCCCUGUGACUCACCAGGUGAUAGCGGAAGGCCAACGGUGUCCUACCUCGCGCUGUCCCCAUGCAGCAAUCCCCAUCCUCAGGAGCAAGCUGAAUCCAUUGUGACCGUGUGGUGCUGCGAGUCACUGGGUCCCCUGUCUGACGGAGGGGACAAUGCGCAGGCGGCGGCACUCAAAGCAGCGCUGGGUCAGACUUACAGCUUCGUCCCGGUGCAAAUGGUCAAGGGCGAACCGGCGGCCUGCUUUUCGGAGCAGGCGGGACCCUGCGAGCGGGAGCACAUUUCCCUUUGCGAGCACUCGUACUGCAGAUCAGACACGGACAAAGAGGAGCUUUGGCGUAAGAUCUUGAGUUUGCAUGCAAAGAUCUUGGAACUGGACCACAGGGAGGAGAGCACCUUAACCAAAAUCCAUGCUCUGGAGACCGAGGUAGCGCUCCUGAAGAGAGACGGGGUUGUAUUUAAAGAGAAGCAGAAGAUUUUGGAAGAUUCUAUAUCAUCAAUGUUGAUUGUAUGAGGAGUUUUCAAGCUAACGAAAUGAGAUUGUGGAUGAUCAGGGAUUUGUUGCCAUUGAGUCACUUCCUGCAGAGUCUUUCAAAACUCUCCUGAACGCUUUGUUCUUCAUUUCUCUUGUUCAUAUGUCGAUAAGCAAACAGAUUCAAAUGAAUUAUGGCUGUCUUUCAUCAAGCUGUGUUUGUAUGUCAUAAUGUCAUGGCUUAUUGAGGUACUUGUAUAGAACAGAGCCAUCCUCAUUAGUCACAACCGCUUCUCCCAUGUCUGCGGUGAGAAACUCAUACAUAUUUAUAUAUGUACUGUUGAUCUGACAUGGAAGUCAGGUGUGGUCAAUGCAUUAUCAUAACUUAUUAACCCUUACCAUGAAGUAUGUUUGAGACCUAUUUUAAUACUCUCAUUUACAGGUCAUGAGCGCUGUGUUUUACUUCAGGGAAGUUUGUUGCUGCUUGCUGUGUAAAUUCGCAUCCAAUCGAUGCUCGACUCCAACAAACCCAUUCUGACGUCUGUUGCUGCUCGUAUUGUCAUUCACUCGGGUUCAUGUCCAUGUCAGCAGAGGCUUAUUGGAAUUCUGUGACGUCCCAUACCAGCCACUCUGUGAAAUGUUCUGUUUUAGAGAAAAGUCAAUGAUAGAUUUAAUUUGUAGUAGAAUGAUAAAUGUGUUUCCUAAAGGGAGCUCUGUUUGUGUCCACUAUGUCCCUUUUGGUUGUUUUAAACCCCCACAGGAGCACAUAGUUGUUGCAGGAUUUAUCUGCCACAUUUCUACCCCAGGGCUCUGAAUUAGCCAUCAUAGUUUUUUGAUCAAAUUAGGUACGUAUUCCUAUUGCAUGAAGCUUUUCAGAGUGAACCGUCAGCGGUCUCUGCACUGCAGCCGGCUUAUAGAAUCGCUGGAACAGUGGAUGUUAAGACAUUAUAUAUAUUUUUAAUCAACUUUAAAUCAUCAAUUAUUUAGGCUAAAAAAGAGCUGCAUACCUUUAUCUGCUUGUGAGGACAUGCAGGGGUUUUAGAUGUCAUUGAGAGGCAGGGGAAGGGGUGGAAUCCAUAUAAAUGAUUGCACAAGUGGGUUUGUGAAGUGCAAUUUUAAAUGUUUCUGGUGUUUUGCAUCAUUUGAACAGAUUACAAGGUGACUUUUCCUAGUGAAGAAUUACUGGGCCCAAAAUAUUAAGAAAUAGUUUUUUUGAACUGAAACAGCCUUUAUCACUUUACUUUGCCUUUCGGCAGAAAAAGCAAACAUCAUACAUUAGUCUCCCUAAUCCACAAUGAUGACAAUUUAGACUUAAUUUGCAAGUUUGUUUGGAAAUGUAUGAUAUUAACAAAGCCAUUCACAGCCAGGGAAAUGUAUAAGAGGAUAAAUGAACAACUUUUUUUGUUAAAUAAAUAAAAAAUUGGGAAUAUGAGCAAAAGAUUAUAGGAAGGAUAUAAUAUAAAACGUAUUUUUAAAAAGCGGAACGAAGUGAUGGUAGUUUACAUAUUCAGAAUAUCAAAAAAUGUAUCAUACAUGGACUAAAAAUAUGAAAGCGUUUACAAGCUGUUUAUAGAGCGUCUGUAUUGUACCUGAUCGAGCUACAGGUUUAUUGCUUCCAAGGCAGGUGCAGCAGUU